CGGAAGCCAUUUGGCUAAGGUUAUUGGAGUGAAUACCCACUAGCAUGGCUAACAGAACGGAAAUUUAAGCUAACUCGUCAACUUUCACUUUGGGCUUUUCGAAAAACCUUUGUGUCCGAAUUUCGUCACAUCGUCGAGUGAACAGUAGCUUCUACAGAGGGAGAAGGAGCUGGUUGUUUUUAUAGAGGCGUCGACUUGCGUAAAGCUCUGACUCGACAGACAUGGAGGCUCCGGUUAUUGAAGAUAUGAUUGACUUUCGCCGGUUACCCAAAGAUACACUUGUCCUGCUGCUGUUGAUGAUUUACUUUCCAGUUGGUAUUUGUUUGAUGUUACUACGGAUUUUUAUUGGUGUCCAUGUAUUCUUGGUCAGCUGUGCCCUGCCAGAAAGUUUUCUAAGAAGAUUCAUUGUGCGGGUUAUGUGUUCAGUCUUGGGAAUGCACGUGAGGCAGCAAAAUCCUCGCUCCAGAGACAAAAAUACCAAACUUUACAUAUGCAAUCACGUGACAGAGUUUGAUCACAACAUAAUCAAUCUCCUGACCCCCUGCUGUACUCCCCAGUUUGAGGGCUCCACAGGUUUUGUGUGCUGGGCCAGAGGCUUCAUGGAAGUGCACUCUGCGCUUGGAAGAGAAGCGAUAGGAGAGUCACUUCAGAGGUACUGCUCCACCGAAGGGGCCUCACCAUUGCUUUUGCUCCCUGAAGAGGAGACCACAAAUGGGCGUGCCGGCCUGCUAAAGUUCAGUUCUUGGCCCUUUUCUCUGACUGACUCCAUUCAACCUGUGGCCUUGAGGGUGGCAAGACCUCUGAUUGCUUUGAGCACUCCUGAGACCAGUUGGUUGACAGAGCUGUUAUGGACAUUUUUUUCUCCAUUUACAGUGUAUCAUGUAAGUUGGUUGCCACCUGUUUCCCGACAAGAUGGUGAGUCCUCCCAGGAGUUUGCCAACAAAGUCCAGGAGUUGCUCGCCUGUGAACUCGGCUUGGUCUCAACAAAGAUCACUAAAGCUGACAAAGCUGAGCACAUCAAAAGGAAGCGACAUGCUCUGCCGCAAACAUCUACAAGCAUAAGACCUGGAUCUAUUGGCCUGGGUUUUAUGGUGCAAGGUUUGGGAACAGAUGAGCGUGGGAUAGCAAAAAUGGCCCAGCAAGUGAAAGAUGUACUGCCUCACAUCCCCCUGAAUGUCAUCACAAACGACCUGGCAAAAACCAAUUGUGUAAACAUCACCAUAACAAACCUGCUGGAAAACAAAGAGGAAUCUUCAUUAGAAGAUACUGAGACGUCGCCGUUUGGAGCAUCAGUGAACAGCUCUUAUUCCUCCAGUUCUUCUCCGACCAUAAAGCCUGCUGCAACAUCUUUUGGGAAAUCACCUGGUGACAGGCAUUUGUCCCUCCAAGAGAGGAAAGAAGCGCUGUAUAAUUUUGCAAGAAGACGCUAUAUUGAAAAACAUGGAUUGGAUCAAGAAGACAGUCACUGAACACUUUGGGUCAAGUCAUCAUUCUCCAGAAAGAAUCAUUCAAUGCAUCUGUCUAGCCUGAAAGAUGAUUUUAUAUUCAGUCAACUGGUGGUGGUGUUGGAAAACCGACUUGCUAGACAGGUCACGGAAUGUUCUGACCGUGUACAGUUUAAGUUGGUGGAAAGGUGAUUAAUGCAUGUGUUGAGUUCGUCAUUCUUGCUGAUGCAUACUUUUGAUAACACUUUGUAUUAUGAUCCACUGGCUGUGAAUCAUCUAUUUAUUUUUAUAUUGUCCAGAGUUGUCAAUUACAAAUAAAGUUCAGUUUGACCUUUCA